GAAAUCAAAUCUUGGAAACCGUAGGUGCCGAAAAUCGCUCAAUCUGUCAUUUCCCUUCAAUUCUCAAAUUGCCCUAUGAUGCUAUGGACUUCAUUGAAGGUCUCCUCUUGACUCUCUUCACUUUUCUGACAAUGGGGGCACUGUUGUUGUGCAUGGUUCGAACUAAAAGGCCCAGACCCGACAACCCUCAACCUAAAGGGCCAAGCGAGAACCAAG